AUGUACACUGCGAUAAACUUCUGGAAAAUCGGUCCAUGUGUUACGGGCAAAUCGACCAUGCUCCGUCGGUCUGACCUUGAUACCAGAGAAUGCAAACUACAUAAAACUGCCAUUACUGAGCAGCAACACGAACCAAAACGCUGCAGUCAUACAGGUCUCGAUACCCUUUCUAACGUUCUAUGCGAAGAUCAAAUGAUUGCCGACUUUAUGUGGGACGUGAAGAAUCAUUCUCGUCGCCAACGACAUGGUCUCCUUCUGGGAGAACUUGCAAUUCAGCCUGUGAACUUGGGACUUCGAGAAUACUGCAUUCGUCAUAUGAGAUGGGUACGGGCGCGAAAGUGGAACUUUCCGCUGGGCACCUUUCUGGAACCAACAACGGAAUUCUUUUUUUGCGAUAUUGCAGCAUCACUGGCGUUCUCCUUUCUGCUUCGAAGGGUCGUUUUCUGCAAUUUUCAUGGUAACCACCAUUUCUAUGUGGAUCACGAUGGACUAUCAUCUCUUUCAACUGAUAUCCGAUACGCAUCAAAGAAAUGA